CGCUUUAACGCACGGUCUGUGUUCUUUUCUUUCGCAGAUGAUGCAUCGCCAGCAAAACACUCAGUCGUCGUCGUCCAACGAGUUCGCCAUGUACCCGUCGGCCGCCUACCACUCCUCGCACUCGACGCUACCGUCGUCGACGUCGCUGUCGGCGUCGUCCUCGUCGUCACCGGCGUCGCCGUCGUCCUUGCCGUUGCCGUCGAGACCGCUCUCGGCGUCGUCGUCUCCGAUCCUGCUGUCUGUCCUCACGUGGUCGCUUGCACUGCUGCUGAUCUCGUCCUGCAUCAAUCUGACGGACGCGCGCACCCUCAACGGCCAUCCCCUGAGCAAAAGGUCCUUCUUCGAUAUCCAAUGCAAGGGCGUGUACGACAAGAGCAUCUUCGCCCGCCUGGACCGCAUCUGCGAAGACUGCUACAACCUCUUCCGGGAGCCGCAGUUGCACAUGCUUUGCAAGGCAAACUGCUUCAGUACAGAAUACUUCGAUGGCUGCCUGGAAGCGCUGAUGCUUGCUGAAGAGAAAAAGGAGCUCCUGGAGAUGGUCGAAUUCCUAGGUCGCAAGUAAACGGGAUACAAGUCGGAGCAACGAUGCGCCGCAUCGCGAUGGGGAGAGACACCAGCAAAUACACACGCACACACACACACACACACGCACACGAUAUACACAUAUGCGAAGAGGCCGAAGAGGAGGUCUACGGAGAAGAACGACGCCGGUCUCCUCGAAGAGAGGACAACCAUCCUCAGGACCGUCGACGCACAAUAAUGACCGACGAUGCCGCCGUCGAAUCGACCAUCAGCCGGCGAGGCGGCGACGAGGUGUGUCACUUGCGACGUCGUUCAUCGCGUGGUCAUGGGGAAGUCGAGAAGCAGAAGACCGAAGAGGAGCGCGCGCGCGCAUGUUCGCGAAACGUACGCUUUGUCCGUCGCGUGGUCUGAGCGCCGAUUCGAGAUCGACACGAUCUCAUUAGUGUCUGAUUAGAUUAUCGCUGGUGUCGGCAGGGUGUAUAUCUCGCGAACGUCCCUGGUGCCGACACCGACAGGUAUUGGCGGUGCGCGAUGAGCGUAUGCGGAGGACGGAAGAAUUUUUUGGACAGAGAUGCGGAAAAGGGGCGGGAGGGGGAGGUAGGAAUGAGAGAACUAAAGAGAAAGAGAGAGGGAGACGCCGGUCUUUCGCGGUGAACCGCGUCGUUAUCUGACACGCACGGUGAAGAAGGAAGCGCGAAACAAUAGCGCACUAAAUAACGAGACACGCAAGCAAGACGGUACGGAUCGAGCCAUACGCAUGACACACACACACACACACACACACACACAGACACAGACACAUGCAUACACAGCAAAAAUCCAUACGAAUUCUAGUCGAUAAAAUAUCCGCGCUCUUGCGCGCUACGCCACGUUUUUAUUCGAUUAAUCAUUAUUAUAAUUAUUAACGUUAAACGUCGUCACUCAUCACUAUGUAUAAUAGUAAUGAUAAUCUAUAUUAUUAUUAUUAUUAUUAAUAUUAUUAUUAUUCGAUUACUAUAUAUAUAUAUAGAUAUAUAUUAUGUCACGGUUAUUUUUUAUCAUCGCUGUUCUCAUCUGUUCAUUAUUCAGUUGACGACACGAGCCCUUGGUCGUUCAUCGGGUCGAUGCACACGCGGCGCGAUGGACGAGCGAGGGCACUGAUCGCCCGCGAAAUUGUGCAAAGCCUUUCACUAUACAUCACGUCGCGUAACGUCGCGAGGAAAGAAACUGCGAGGUAACGAACGGCGUACUCGUGAAUCCCGACGGACAUUCGAGAGAUGAGAGAGAUCUCCCUUUUCUUCCGGUUCUGAAUGUUUCUCUCGAGCGAUACACCAUGGAGAUGUUGGGUCGAGGAGGAUCCAUCCGUCACUCGAGAACCGACCGCACACACACAUUAUAAUAUAUAAUAAUAAUAAUAAUUAUUAUUAUAUAUAUAUAUAUUAAUAUUAUUAUUCUCAUAGCAGAAUUAUUGUUGUUAUCAUUGCGACAUAUAGCGACGUCUCCGCCCGGGUGAACGCACCGCGCGCUGGAAGAGACACGCUCUGGCGACGCGGACGAUACGCACGACGUUCAAUUGUGAGAAUCGAAUAUAUUAUAGUAAUAAUGCGGCAUACGCGUGAACAUUGUCGAAAGCUCUUUGUCGAGGAAACAGAGAGAGAGAGAGAGAGAGAGAGAGAGAGAGCGAGAGCGAGCGAGCGAGAAAGAGAGAGAGAGAGAGGGAGAGAGGAUCUUGCUGUAAUUUAUUUGCCGGACACGUCCGCGUUUCGCACGCGUGUAUUUUCCCUCCGUGCGGCCGGCAGCUCGCUCGAACGGAGUCGAUCGUUGAUAUAAAGACGCGUAGUAUUUAUUUAUUUUUUCACGUUCUUAAGUUAUAAGCGACAUAUAUAGCGAAGCAAAGUAUUAGCGCGCGUACCUAACCGAGAGAGGGAGAGAGGAAGAGAGAGAGAGAGAAAGAGCGCGAGCGAGCGAAUGAAUGAAUGUGAGAGAGAGAAAGAGAGAGAGAGAGAGAGAGAGAGAGAGAAAGAGUAGUGUUUGCGAACGCAGGGGGGCGCGCGAGUCCUCAAAGCCGUCCAAUUGGAUGAUUGCCUGUUGUACAAUGCGCGAAACAACCCCGGGCAGAGUCCCCGGGGCCCGAGGGACCAGGGACUCGUCUUCGACUCGGCGAAACGAGGACGAGACGAGUAUAGGAGAAUAGUAUACGGAGAAAAUCAAUCGCGCCUACAUCCCCCUUCGAGUGAACCGUCGGCAUGAACCAAAUUCCCGAGCUGUUUGUCAUAAUCGGCGAUGACAAAGCAAUUCCAUGGUUAAAGUGUUCCGGUCGGUCCCACACGAUCAAAGCUACUCUCGGCUUUUGAUUCGUGGUCGAACUUGAUCACUUGCUCGAUAUAUUAAUCUCCCUGUUAACGUUUAUAUAAAGCUGACUAUUCGAUUCUUCUUGUUUCGCCUGGACGUUGAAUUGAGUACACGCAAGAGUCGAAUUCACGCUGACGAUACGGACUUUGAUACGUGUCUUUUUAUCACUUCACCGCUAACAAGAGGGAAAAGUUCGACUCGGACACCACCACGGACCGUUUAUAAAGUUAAUCAACAUUGAUGAGACUCUGGAACACGCUCGUUUCCACCAACGUCGAUCGAACCUUGACUUGAACUUCAAACUCUAUCCAGGUGAGGACUCAAGCUCAGCUUAACGUUCAGUCGAUCUGGGUGGAAACGGCCGAUAGCCGAGAGGGAUGGAUCCCACACAUUUCCCACGUAUACAUUUGUUAUGUUACGCGAUGCAGAAGACGGUUUCGAAGACGCGCACCACGACGAGCCCCACCGUGCCGCGAUAAACAACAAAACACCAUCGCCACUACGACCGAGAGAAUUUACCGAGCCAUUCCAAAAUCAGUAUUGUUAUCUCAUUCCAUCUCCGCGAUUGUCCUCGAGCUUCAGGAUCGGCUUCGGGAACUUGCGCAACCUUGCUCAUAAAAA